CCGCCUCCGUGCUGCUGUCUUCAUCUGCGGGCCCUCCGAGCUUGAAGAUGGACGCUGGCAUGGACUGGCUUCACAGCUCGGGAGUGGACGCCAUCCACUACCUCCAGACGCACUACCGGAACUCCCAGCAGUGGUUUCUGUUUGUCUCCAACGUAGCAGACCUCCGGAACACCUUCUUCGUCCUCUUCCCACUGUGGUUCCACCUACGCGAGAAGGUGGCCGUCCGGCUCAUCUGGGUGGCGGUCAUCGGGGACUGGAUAAACCUCGUCUUGAAAUGGGUCCUCUUCGGACAGAGACCGUACUGGUGGGUUCAUGAGACGCAGUACUACGGCAACACAUCAGCACCCCUCGUUGAGCAGUUCCCAGUGACGUGCGAGACAGGUCCAGGAAGUCCCUCGGGUCAUGCCAUGGGUGCUGCUGGAGUCUAUUAUGUCAUGGUGUCUGCACUUCUUGGCAUCCUACUGAAGGAAAUUCAGGCAUCCAGUCUGGUGAAGAAGUGGUGUGCCCGGGGCCUGCUGUGGACGGUCUUCUGUGGGGUCCAGCUCUGUGUCUGCCUGUCCAGGGUCUUCCUCGCUGCUCACUUCCCACACCAAGUCAUCACAGGUGUCAUUUCAGGCAUCUUGGUCGCCGAGGCCUUCAGUCGCAUCGAGUGGAUCUACAGCGCCAGCCUCAAGAAGUACAUCAUCACCACACUCUUCCUCUUCAGCUUCACUCUGGGCUUCUACCUGCUCCUGAAGGUGCUGGGCAUGGACCUGCUGUGGACCCUGGAGAAGGCCAAGCGCUGGUGUGUGCGGCCUGAGUGGGUCCACAUGGAUACCACGCCAUUUGCCAGCCUCCUGCGAAACCUGGGCACCCUCUUUGGUCUGGGCCUGGCACUCAACUCUCCGCUCUACUUGGAGAAGUGCCAUGGGAAACGGGACGAGAGCACCCCCUUCAGGCUGGCCUGCAUAGUGGCCUCGGUGGUGCUGCUGCAUGGCUUCGACUCCUUCCGACCCUCCACACAAAUCGAGGGUCUCUAUUACCUGCUGUCCUUCUGCAAGAGCGCCAUCGUCCCUCUGACCAGCGUGGCCAUCGUCCCCUACGGCGUCUCAAACCUGCUGACCAGCACUGGCAAGAAGCUGGCAUAAGACGGAGGAGGAAGGGGAGGACAGAUUUUAAAACAGAGCAGCUGACCACACUUUUUACACGGGACACAGGUGGUCAUCUAUAUAGUGGAGCCCUCCGUUAAUCCUCUGUUCUUCAUGCAACUGUAUGUCCCACCGGCUGCCUGGCACAAAAAGACAAACCACACAGACAGAUGGCCAAAUGUGCCACCAAAGAACAUGAGGGAGCUGGCAAGGAGGACUUCAGCUGAAUGCUGAGGCUGCCCACAUUUGGGGGUCACUCAUAUCCUCCAGCAGGAUGGGCACGAUAUGAAGACGACAAGCCUGCUCUCCCCAGUCAGCUGGCCAGUCCACAGAUGGAGGUCUGCACACGCCACACUCCCAGUCAACCGGGGCCCCCCACAACACUCCAAGGCCUCAAGUUUCAAA